AUGUCUGACCGUGAUCAAUCUCCUGGUGCCGGCGGCAACCCCGACGAUCAGCCCAAGAGCGAGCACCUGAACAUCAAGGUCACGGACAACAACAACGAGGUCUUCUUCAAGAUCAAGCGCACCACCGCCCUCUCGAAGCUCAUGAACGCCUUCUGCGAGCGUCAAGGAAAAGCACCCUCCUCUGUUAGAUUUCUCUUCGAUGGUGCGCGCGUCAACCCAAGUGAUAGCCCAGAAUCCCUCGAGAUGGCCGAUGGAGAUACGUUGGAGGUGCACCAGGAACAGAUCGGUGGAGCUUGA